AUGCGCUUCACAGAAAGUAGCAGUAACUUAUCAAGGUUUUUGGUCCUCCUGUUUUUCACUUUAUCCAUCAGUAUCUCAUAUGGAACCAACACUCUAUCUACAAACCAGUCUCUGUCAGGAGACCUUACAAUCAUAUCCCAUGGUGAAAAAUUCGAGUUGGGUUUCUUCAAGGCAGGUAACUCUUCCAACUAUUACAUAGGCAUCUGGUAUAAGAAACUCUAUUCAAAUCCUCCUAUCAUAGUUUGGGUGGCAAACAGAGAAACACCCAUCUCCGAUAGAUUCCGUUCAGAAUUAAAAAUCAUUGAUGGUAAUUUGGUGCUCUUGAAUGAGUCCAAGUUCCAGAUUUGGUCCACAAACAUCACCACCACUUUGAAGUCUGCAAUAGUUGUUCUUCGUGAUGAUGGUAACUUAGUUUUGAGUGACAGCUCAAAUUCAGUUGAACCUGUUUGGCAAAGUUUUGAUCACCCAACGCAUACUUGGUUGCCUGGUGCUAAAUUUGGUUAUGAUAAUAGAACAAAAAAGAACCAGGUUCUUACUUCAUGGAGAAGCAAAGAAGAUCCUGCUGUAGGAAUCUUCUCUUUGGAGCUUCAUCCGUCUAGUAAUGAGUACGUGAUCCAGUGGAAUGGCUCCCAUCAAUAUUGGACAAGCGGUUCUUGGAAUGGGAAAACAUUUGACUUAGUACCUGAAAUGACAUCGAAUUCCCUUUUUAAUUUCAGCUACCAUAAGAAUGAGAACGAGAGUUAUGUCACUUACACAGUGUAUAAUCCUUCCGUUACAUCUAGCUUCGUAAUAGAUGUUUCUGGUCAAGUUCAGCAACUAACAUGGGUGGAGACUGCCAAUGACUGGAAUUUGUUUUGGUCUCAACCUAAAACACGGUGUGAUGUCUAUGCUCUGUGUGGGGCCUUUGGGAUUUGUAGGCAGACUGUAUCACAAUUCUGUAAUUGCUUCAUUGGCUUCAAACCAAGAUCAGAGAGUGAUUGGAAUCAGAGUGAUUUCUCCGGUGGGUGUGUGAGAAAAACUGAUUUGCAGUGUGGGGGGAACAUGGAAAAGCAAGAUUCUUUCAUGAUUAAAGCCAAGAGCUACCCACCUUCAAAUAUAACUCUGGAAGUUGGGAGUGCCGAAGAAUGUCGUACCACAUGUUUGAAGAAUUGCUCCUGUAAUGCUUACUCUUUUGUCGAUAAUCAGUGUUUGGUUUGGAAUGGAGAUCUCUUGAACCUCUCGGAAGAUAACGAUAGUGGAAAAACAAUCUACGUGAAAGUCGCUUCUAAAGAUCUUCCACAUCAUACAAAGAGUUAUUGGGUCAUUGUGGGUGCUGUUGUAGGUGGGGCUUUUCUCUGGGGUGUUCGGUACUACAGAGCAAUUCUUCAGUUGAGGACUCCCAGUCAAAGGGCUCAUCUUCGUGAAGUUAAUGUACAAGUAAUUCAAGGCAUAAUGUGUAGGGUCGUUGAAAGCUGAAGGUAGGAAGCAGCAAGAAGUUUCGAAAAGGACUGAAGUUGAUUAAAUGAGUUGUAGCUAUUUGUGCUAUCUAUAGAUAAGAGUGAAUUAUAGAAAUUGUAGUUACGGUUUGGUCAAAUUUAUAUUUUGGUCGCUUGUAAAAAAAGAUAGUGUAUACCCCUGUGAUGUUUGAAAAUUUGGUUUUUGAAAAUUAUUCCGAU